AAGUAAUAUGAAUUGCUAGUAAGAAGGGUUUCAUUCCUUUAAAAUGCUCAACAUUCGGAUUGGCUGCUAACUGAUCUAAGAAUUGUUCAAUAUACAUGAUGAAGACUACAUGAUAAAUUCUUUUUAUAAAAACUCAAUAAUCAUAUGCUGAAUAUCAGCAUCGCAGAUGCCUUCCUAAAAUGUACUGUGUAUCUUGUUUGAGAGAAGAGUAAGUCAUCUUCAUACAACUAGUAAUAUGUAAGUAUUUUAUUUUGUAUAAGUUUCGAGAUCGUUUUCUUUUAGUUCAAACAGUUGGUGGUUUAUAGCUCUUUUAUUUUAAGUGCUUUACAACUAGGAAACUCACAGCACAAACAAUUUCGUUAAUACUUGCCAUUCACCAAUUACGACAAAAAUUGGUCAGUUUAUCUUUUUUCUUAAAAUAUUCUAUAAGAAGUUCAACUUACGAGUUUCUGCAUAGCAAGUUCAAUACUUGGCGGGACUAUAUCUUUACCAACAUGUUUCGAGAAAAACCAUCGGCUCCUCAGACAGCAAUUCUUUGUGCUACAGACGAGAAUAAUACUAAAGAUAAAUGGGAUUUAAUUAUGGAUGUGUGCGACUUACUUUCAAGUAGUUCAGAAGAAGUUUGUCGAAAUGCUAUCCAAUUUCUUAAUAAACGAUUGAAUUCCGUAAAUUCCAAUGUCCAAUUGUUGACCUUAACUCUGACAGAUGCUAUUGUAAAAAAUUGCGACCAAAAGACGCAACAUGAGAUUGCUUCCCGUUUAUUCACGGAUAGUCUUUUGCACAUAGCUGGGAAUCCAAACACUCAUAAUCAAGUCAAAAGUAAAAUUGCAGUAUUAGUCGAUGAAUGGGCAAGAGAGCUACGAUAUGAUCCCAGCAUGGACUUAAUGCAACAAACAUGCAAUGAAAUUCGGAAGCUAGACAUAAUUGACCUACGAGCCCCUAAAAAACCUAGCAAGCAAAAGAAGAAUAACUCAGAACUAAAGAAAGAAGAAGAGGAAUUACAAUUUGCAUUGGCUUUAUCAUUGUCUGAGGCUACUGCUCAAGAAGCGAAAAAACAAGAGAAAACCGAUGACAAGAAUAAUUCACAACAACCGGUUCAAGCUCAAGAUACUUCCUUAAACGCAACACCAGCAUCCUCGAUUUCUCGUGUACGUGCACUGUACGAUUUUGCUGCUUCUGAGCCUGGUGAGUUAUCCUUUCAAAAAGGGGACGUCAUAUUGGUUUUGGAAAGCGUUUUCAAAGAUUGGUGGAAAGGUUCUUGUAAAAACAAAGUCGGAAUCUUCCCUGUCAAUUAUGUUGAGAGAAUUGUUGAACCAACCUUAAAACAAAAAGAGCAGAUGCUUAAAGCGGAACACCAGACUUUCGAUGCUCUUCCAAAAAUUGAUGAUUUGCUAAACAUAUUAUCGGCUGCACCGCCUGAAGCUGCCGAUGACGAUGAGCUGCAGUCUAAGUAUCACGAAACCAUUAUUUUACGACCGAAACUUAUACGACUAAUAGAAAAAUACGCCUCUCAGAAAGAAGAAUUAGUGGACCUUAAUGAGCGAUUGCUAGCUGCUCGCAAAGAUUAUGAAGUUUUGUACGAGCAAUCAAUGUCGGAAAUGAGACGAUAUUAAUUUUUAUGUAUAUGUUAGCUACUACCUUCUUUGACUGCGGAUCACUAUGAGCUUUUCAAUCCCAUGGUCUUGUCUUUAAUGAAUGUUUCUUUAAUAAGCGAUAAAUCUAUGAAUUCAAACGUAGGAGAAGUUUUGAUUAAAGUUAAUUUAAUAUAUUAUCAAUGUCUGCAAA